CGGCGGCGGUCCUGCCGCAGCGGCGGGCGGUACGGCACGGCACGGCACAGCUCGGCUCAGCACGGCUCAGCUGCCGGCCUCAGCCGUUCGGUCAGCGAGGCAUCCCUCCGCUCCCCCGGCGGCCAGGGCUCGGUGAGGGCUGCGCGGCUCCGGGAGCCCCUCCACAUCUCCCGGGCGCCGGCGGAGCGGAGUCAAAAUGUCAGACAAAAGUGAUUUAAAAGCAGAACUUGAGCGCAAAAAGCAACGUUUGGCUCAGAUAAGAGAAGAAAAGAAACGGAAGGAAGAAGAAAGGAAGAAGAAAGAGGCUGAUCUACAGCAAAAGAAGGAGCCAGCUCAGGAAGAUUCUGACCUAGACCGUAAAAGAAGAGAGACAGAAGCUUUGUUACAGAGCAUUGGUAUAUCCCCAGAACCACCUCUAGUGCAGUCGCUGCAUGUGUUAACAUGGGAUACCUGUUAUUUUCAUUAUUUAGUCCCAACCCCUAUGUCUCCCUCUUCGAAAUCAGUGAGCACACCCAGUGAUGCAGGCAGCCAGGACUCAGGGGAUCUGGGACCCAUAGGAAGGGCUUUCUGUUAUUCAGACACGACUCAUUUUCCACAAGACAAUGUUGCAGGAUUCCAUGAAGAUCUCCUUGGAAUAGAGACCUUGCAAUGGGACACAGACCCCUCAGUGCUGCAACUCCAGUCUGACUCUGAACUUGGACGCAGACUGCACAAACUAGGGGUGUCAAAGAUUACCCAGGUUGAUUUCUUACCUCGGGAGGUGGUAUCAUACUCCAAGGAGACGCAGACACCUCUUGCCACACAUCAAUCUGAAGAGGAUGAAGAUGAUGAAGAGAUGGUGGAACCAAAAGCACAGGAUGACUUGGAGAUGGAAAAUCAAGACCAGAAGCAGGAAGUGAAAGAAGCUCCUCCUAGAGAACUGACAGAAGAAGAAAAACAACAAGUUCUCCAUUCAGAAGAGUUCCUGAUAUUUUUUGAUCGGACAAUACGUGUAAUUGAGCGAGCUUUGGCUGAAGAUUCAGACAUCUUCUUUGACUAUAGUGGCAGAGACGUAGAAGAAAAAGAUGGAGAUGUUCAAGCAGGAUCCAAUCUUUCCUUCAACCGACAAUUUUAUGAUGAGCACUGGUCAAAACAUCGUGUUGUCACCUGUAUGGAUUGGUCUCUUCAGUACCCUGAGUUGAUGGUUGCUUCUUAUAACAAUAAUGAAGAUGCUCCACAUGAGCCUGAUGGGGUAGCCUUGGUAUGGAACAUGAAGUUCAAGAAAACCACACCAGAAUAUGUGUUCCAUUGUCAGUCCUCUGUGAUGUCGGUCUGUUUUGCCCGCUUUCACCCAAACUUGGUUGUCGGUGGAACAUAUUCUGGCCAAAUUGUCUUGUGGGAUAAUCGCAGUCACAGGCGCACUCCAGUUCAGAGAACUCCCUUAUCUGCUGCUGCUCACACGCAUCCUGUGUAUUGUGUGAAUGUAGUUGGGACACAGAACGCGCACAAUCUCAUUACCGUCUCUACGGAUGGCAAAAUGUGCUCCUGGAGCCUGGACAUGCUCUCAACUCCACAGGAAAGCAUGGAGCUUGUGUACAAUAAGUCCAAACCAGUGGCAGUUACAGGAAUGGCUUUCCCAACCGGAGAUGUCAAUAACUUUGUCGUUGGCAGUGAAGAGGGAACAGUCUACACAGCUUGUCGUCAUGGAAGUAAAGCUGGCAUUGGUGAAAUUUUUGAAGGCCACCAAGGACCUGUCACAGGAAUCAAUUGUCACAUGGCAGUGGGUCCAAUUGACUUUUCUCAUCUCUUUGUCACAUCAUCAUUUGACUGGACAGUCAAAUUGUGGACCACAAAGCACAACAAGCCGCUCUACUCCUUUGAAGACAAUGCCGACUAUGUCUACGAUGUCAUGUGGUCGCCAGUGCAUCCCGCGCUCUUCGCCUGCGUGGACGGGAUGGGGCGCCUGGAUCUGUGGAACCUGAAUAACGACACCGAGGUUCCCACAGCCAGCGUCACCAUAGAAGGAGCUUCUGCCCUCAACCGUGUCCGCUGGGCCCAGGCUGGGAAGGAGGUAGCAGUUGGUGAUUCAGAAGGCCGCAUAUGGAUCUAUGAUGUUGGAGAGCUGGCUGUUCCACACAACGACGAGUGGACCCGCUUUGCUCGGACCUUGGUGGAAAUCCGUGCCAACCGAGCAGACAGCGAAGAGGAAGGGGCGGUGGAGCUGUCAGCCUAGAGGAAGAGGAGCCGCAGCGCCUGCUGCCGCCAGAACAGCAGCUUUCACCCGCUGAGUACACCGGUGUUCAGUGUCAGUCAGUCUUGCUGUGGCUUUUGAUGCCAGUGUACAUGCCAGUAUUGCUCACAGCAUUCUAUAUUAAUCACACUGCUUUACACAAGGCUGAAAAUAUCCAGAGCAUUUUCAUACUUUAUAUUUCUGUCUGAAAAGUAAGAAAGAAAAGACAAAUCAACCCUUUAUGGGUUUAGUUGUUGCCUUUUAACUACUUAGUAGCUGUAUUUAAUAGCUAGGAACCCCUGGUUAAACUUGUGCUCACAUUGCCCUUCUGGCAUAGUCCUAUUAAAUCCAUAUGAAGCCAGAUAUGAUUAUGUGCAGAUGUGGUGUGCUUCACUGUAUGGGACUGGGCCAAAGACUUUAGAUGUGGUGUUUCACAUGGUGACUUACAUUAUGAAUGGAUGUACUAUACGAAAGUUGCUGCUCCUUAUUUAUUGCGGUGUGCUGCAUGGAACAUAUUUAUUUGAAAGCAUUAAAAUAAACGAUCCUAAAGCAUGUGCAUAAUGAGAGAACUGCAUUGUCUGUGUGCUGCUGUAGAGGUUACAUUAAAGUCCACGUAACAAUUACAGUACAUCAGUUGUGCUUAAGAUAUAAGAUCUAUAAAGGUUGGCUUGAGUGGAUGGAAUGAGUUUCCUUUCCUUUUUUUUUUUAAGAUGCCUAUUAUUUCUAGGCACUUUAAAUAUAUUUCAAAUACAGUUGGUCACUGAUACUUGUCAUGCAAGUUAACACUAACAGUCUGACAAAGGGUUGUGGUUCCCGAGUAUGACACUAGUAUUUGCCAAUAAAAUGUAUCAGGCCUGUUC